AUGGCCGUCACAGUUGUCUGUCAUUCUGAAGUAUACCCGGAUUAUGUGAUGGUGAGAAACGUGCAGCGAGUGGCAAUCUCUGCCGAUCGGUCAGAGUGAUUACAACGCGAAUGAAAUCGACGUGACGUGUGCUGCUGUAAAGGAUGAUUUUCUAGUGUGUGGUUACAAUUGCGGUGUCAACUAGAGUGACCACACGGAUGACCAGCUGACAAUGUUUUGUCAUUAGCAUAAUUUAGUGCUUAGCGGGCGGUCGCGGUAAAUCAAGAAUGUUUAAAGCUGAGGAGCCGUCCAAAGACAGCUUCCUUCAGCAAAUGAAGGCCGCUAGGGAAGAACGAGCCCAUGAGAAAGACAGAGAGGCUGCUGUCAUUUUAAUUCAGGCUUACGUUAGGGGAUGGUUAACCCGAGAAAGUAGAGUAAAAAAUAUGAUUUUCAGAGAAGAAUUUGAUACUAAUUUUCUGAAUGAUGGUGGCACAGAAACAAAUAUAAAGUUGAAGCCUGCUUUGGAUGUGUAUAAAAUUAUUUUCAAAUUUUUGUAUAUACAUAAAAAAGAAAAGGUUCAAGAAAGAAUAGAAAAAUUAUGUAGAUAUUUAGUAUUGACUUUAGAUUCUGAGUCUCCAGAAAUUUCUUAUGUAGGACUUGUAUUAAAUAAAGAUCGUUACAUAUCAUGGAUAUCACAGAUGAAAACAAUAUUACUUUAUUGUCUGACUGGUUUGGAUAAUCUCAAGCCAGAGAGAGUGUCUGAUCAUAAGUCCAUCCAUUUAAGAUUACAUACGUUAGUUAGCUUUACAUCGCCAGGAACAUGGGCAAUUCAGAAAGUAGAAGGAAUGGAAAAACUCAAAGCUGGUAUGAAUCAGCUUUGUGCAAACAUAAUGGGCCACCUAGUCAACAAUGGGUUUUAUCCCAUCAUGCAAGCAUUUCUAGUAAAGGGAUUGGGUAGAGUGGAUAUUGUUUUAAAACCAAUUGCACUUUCAGCUGCAGUUACAUUGGCACUAAGACCAUUGAUCUCCUCCCAGAUGUCAGAUAAAUUGGUUUCAUUUGUAUUUCCUCCUUUAUUACAAACAAUUUAUUUGCAAGGAGUCUGGAAUUGUUGAAUUCAGAGCAAAAUUUACGAAUAGUUUUCAAUGCUCUGGAAGGUAGCUAUGCACUGUGUUUGUUAGCUAAUUUAAUACAGUUAGCUAAUAUUGAAAGAGAUGAGAUGUUAAAAGAGUUGUACUUUCCAUCCUUUACGUUUGUUGUAACAAAAAUGUUGGAGGCAUGUCAGCAAUAUGUAGUUGCAAAACAAAGCAAUUUGACUCAUUGGCAUCCUAUUCUUGGUUGGCUUGCACAAAAAGUUGAUACAUCUUUGCAAGAACCUAUUCCAAAUGUGAAAUCACAAUUAGCCUGUUUAUGGACUGGAAGAAUAGUUUCACAAUUAAUUGGUCUACCUUUAACAGAACUUAUUGAAAAGGAGAUACCUUCAUCGGUAGAACAACAAAGUACAUCUAUUGGUACCAACAUUUUCAGAAGAGCAUUUUUAGAAGCACGUACAAAUAGGAAUAAUAACACCAAAAAUUAUAGAAAAUUGGGAAGUGCAGAAACUACUAGAAUAGCUUUAAUUUGUUCUCUUUAUCAAAUUGCUUUACAUACACUUACACAAAUGAAAAUGGAAAUAUUGACUGGUCUAUGUUAUCAAGAUAAAAUUUUAUACCAUAUGUAUUUAUUCUUGGGAACACUGGGUCCACAUUGUGGUUUAAAAGCAUUUUUGGACCAUUUGGCUGCUAAUACAAAAUGUACAGCACCUGAAUUUCAAAUGUUAAUAUUAUUUUCUGAUUGUAUGACACAUUAUGUUACGAAGUUCGAGUGUCUGGUUUUCUGGCAGACUUGGAGAAAGGGAGGCGAGGUGCUGCUCUUCUCCUUUCUAAAAUGCCGCAUGUUAUUCCUCAUUCGGAGCGUGUUGUGUUGUUUCGCAAGCACGUUGCUAACGAAAAGGCAGUUUUGGGUUUAACUGAAAGUGCUUGCAACAGUACGCCGACAACGCUUAUUGUUGUUUACAGAACUCGCAUAGUGGAAGAUGGAUAUCGUCAGUUGGCGAUGUUACCCUCUCAGGCACUUAAAGGUGUAAUUAGAGUUCGUUUUGUAAACGAGCAAGGUCUAGCCGAAGCUGGUAUUGAUCAAGAUGGAGUCUUUAAAGAGUUUUUAGAGGAGACAAUAAAAAGAGUUUUCGACCCAUCUCUAAAUUUAUUCAAAGUCACUAGCGAAAAUCGACUUUAUCCAUCCCCAACGUCAUCCAUGCAAGAUAAUCAUUUGCAACUCUUUGAAUUUGUUGGUCGUAUGCUGGGUAAAGCGGUGUACGAAGGCAUUGUAGUAGACGUACCUUUCGCAUCGUUUUUUGUUUCCCAAUUCUCUGGGCAAACUGGAGGUGCAUUGUACAGUUGGUUGGACGAGUUGGCUUCUUUAGAUCGAGACUUAUAUCGAAGUCUUACUCUUGUGAAGCAUUAUAAAGGUGAUGUUAGACAGUUAGAAUUAACUUUCUCUCUUGAUGAAGACGUUUUAGGCAAAUUAGUUACGCACGAAUUAGUUCCCGGAGGACGAGCGGUGCCAGUCACCAAUGAAAAUAAAAUCAAUUAUAUACACCUAAUGGCCCAUUUCAGAAUGCACAUGCAAAUAAAAGAUCAAACAGCAGCUUUUAUCAAAGGAUUCCGUUCCAUAAUCAAUCCUGAAUGGUUGGCAUUGUUUUCAACUCCAGAAAGAUUAAUUUCGGGUGAUAAUGUUCCAUUAGAUUUGCGAGAUUUACGAAAACAUACGCAAUAUUAUGGUGGCUUCCACGAUAGUCAUCGUGUGGUAUGCUGGUUAUGGGAUAUCUUAGAAAAAGAUUUUUCUGAAGAAGAAAGAGGCUUAUUUUUGAAGUUUGUCACAAGCUGCUCAAAAUCACCAUUGUUGGGUUUCGCACAUUUAGAACCACCAUUUUCGAUUCGUUGCGUUGAAGUUGGCGACGACGAGGAUACGGGUGAUACAAUCGGUAGCGUAAUAAGGGGAUUUUUUACGAUUCGUAAGAAAGAUCCGCAGAAUCGUUUACCUACAUCGUCUACUUGUUUUAAUCUUCUUAAAUUACCAAAUUAUCAAAAGAAAAGUACCUUACGGGAAAAGUUACGUUACGCUGUCACUAGUAAUACGGGCUUCGAACUUUCAUAAUUUUCAACUGCUCUGAGGAAAUUUCAUUGCAUACCGCGUCGCUCAAAUUACCUAACGAAAAUUUCAACAUAGUGAUUGAGUGGUGCCUGACCGUCGCGAUCCAAAUUAUCUGGCGAGAUGUUUCUAAUAAUUAUAUCAUAGACUUUAAAUCAAACGAAAUUAUAAUUCGUAUAUGUAUUAACUGUAGAAGAAAAAUUAAAAAAGUGAAGCUAUUGAAAUGAAAUCGAAGACUCGCACAAAUUUUAUGAGAUAUAUAUAUAUAUAUAUAUAUAUAUAUAUAUAUACUUCUGUUAUCACUUUGUUAUCUUGUUUUUAUAUCAAGAAGUGGUUGAACGUUUCGACUUAAGAUUAAUUUAUAGUUAUGACAGAAAGCUGUCUUUUUGCACUCUCUGAAAUUAUUUUAUGCCUCAUUUCGUACUCAAUCUACCGUGUUCACCUUGUUUUCAUAGCACAUAUUCAAGCUUUGAAGUUUCGUUCAAUAAAACUUCUCGCCAAAUGGUAGAUUACUUAUGGUGUAAAUCAUAUUAUACCUCAUGAGCUUAAUAUCGCUAAUACUGUGCGCUUGUUAGUUUAUAGUGUUGUGAAUUAAUGUUAGUGUAUUAAAACGGUAAAGUGCAUGAGGUGAGUGUUGAAGUCCGAGCAAAAUCGGUACCCGGUGAAUAAUCAAAGAAAAAGAGAGAGAGAGAGAGAG